CAACGGGGGACAGGGGGCACAAACAUCGGCCUGGGCGGCAGACAUAUCCUCCUUUAUAGAAAGUGGAAUUCAUAUGGAAAAGGAAAAAUGAAGUGACCAACAGGAUACAAUGUCAUCAUUCCAGGUGGUGGAUUCGUCACCAGGCAGUAGCGUCAGCAUGAUGGAAACGUCCAACUUUGCCCACGUCAUCUUCCAGAAUGUGGGGAAGAGUUUCCUGCCUCAGGUGCCCCUGGAGUGUUGCUACACCCUGACCCCAUACAUUACUCCCCACCCUAAAGACUGGGUUGGCAUCUUUAAGGUGGGUUGGAGCACAGCCAGGGAUUACUACACCUUCCUUUGGUCUCCUAUGCCGGAAAACUACGAACCAGGAAGUACUGUGCACAGGACGGUGGUGUUCCAAGGUUAUUAUGUUCCCAAGUCUGAUGGAGAGUUCUACCAGUUCUGUUAUGUCACACACACUGGCGAUAUCAGGGGAGCCAGCACGCCCUUCCAGUUCAGGUCGGCCACCCCCACCGAAGAGCUGCUGACGGUCACCGAGGAUGACAGCAACUCCGACAUACUGGUCGUCACCACCAAGACUGGCCUGCUAGAGCGUGUGGAGGAGGCGCAGCAGGAGCGCAGGGAGCUGCUGAAGGCCAUGCGACUCCUGCAGGAGGAGAAACAGCAGCUGCAGGAGGAGCAGAAGCGGCUGGCCAGGGAGAGGGAGCAGGAGAGGGAGACGUGCUGCCUGCUGCGCACACACAACCAGGAGCUGCUGCGCUCAUCGCAGGGCCUGUCGGAAGAGAGGGAGGAUGUGAGGAGGAGGCUGACAGAGGCCACGGACCGGGUCCGCCAGCUGGAGGAGGAUCUGCUGGGAGUCACCCAGAGAGGCCUACAAAAGGAGACUGAGCUCGAUUGUCUGCGUGACCGUCUGAAGAAGCUGACAGCAGAGAGAGACAUCCUAGAGAGCCAGCUAAAGAACGAGAAGGAUGAGAGAGACCUGUACAAGGCUCACCUGCGCAGCACUGAGCUGGAGAACACUAAGCUAAGUGCAGAGCUGCAGAUGCUGAAGGCGGUGGAGCUGAACCGGGAGGUGACCAUUGCCCAGUUCCAGGAGGAGCUGGACAGGCUCAGGGUCUGCGUCGCCCAGCGGGACAACCUGGAGAAAGAGCUGCUCGCACACAAGUCUGACAAGGCAGAGCUAGCCCGUGUGCGUGAGCAGCUCCGUCAGGCCGAGGAACAGCUCCAGGCAUCCCGGCAGCAGGCCUCCCUGCUGGCCUCGGAGCUCCGCGAUUCAGCCAGUGCCCGUGACCACACAAUGACCGAACUGUACCGCGCCCGCUUGGAGGCCGACAAGCUCCGUGCGAGUCUAGCUGAUGCUCAGGCCGAGUGCCAACGCAUGGAGAGCCAGUUGGACCGAAUGAGGAGCACCGCACAGAAGGAAGUGGGUGUUGGUACCAACGGGGAGGUGACUCCCAGCAUGAUGGUGGUGUCGGAGGCAGAGGCUGAGCUGCAGAGGGAGGUGGAGGAGCUGAAGCUGCGUCUCCACAUGGCAGCUGAGCACUAUAAGGAGAAGUACAGAGAGUGCCAGCGCCUCCGCAGACAGGUGGCCAAACUGAACACAACUGAGUCACAGGGGGAGCCAAAGAGAAACGCAUCCACUGAGACAACUCUGGAGCCACUGACUCCCAGUCCAGAGUCACCAACAGCAGGAAACAUUGCUACCGCAGUCCUACAAGAAGCCGCUGAAAUGACAAUCAUCCCAGAACUUAAUAACAGGGAAUUCGCACACACCAGCACGGAGAAGGAAGAAAAGCAGAGCGAGAACACCCUGAAGGAGAGCGGCGAGGCAGAGGCAGAGGCAGAGAGAGAAGUAAACCAAGGAGAAAAUGAAAACACAACAGAGAAAGAGGAGAAGAGGGAGAGCCUGCCAGAAGAGAGCCUGAGGAUGACCAGCUGGGUGGAGGUGGAGAAUGAGAGGCGGAGUGCCGAGGAGAACAGCCAGGUGGAAGGGGUAGAGGAAGUGGGAGACAGUUUGGAGGAGCAGGUGCUGCCGGAGGAGGAGGGGAGGAGCAUUGAGGAGGCAGAAAAGGAACAGACGCGUUCGGUGGAGGAGGAGCUGGCAAUGAUGGAGGAGAAGUGGAGGGAGCAGUGCGCCAUCAAUGAGACGCUCAAACAGCGGCUGGCCAAUGAGGAGGAGCGAUUCAGAGUGCAGAUGGCGGAGCGAGCCAGUGAGGUGACAGAGCUGAAGCUCAACCUUGCCCAGGCCCUGAGAGACAAGGAGCAGCUGCAGGAGGAGCUGCAGCGAUAUGCAUCCAGGCAGAGGGAGCAGGAGGUCGGUGUCCAAGGUGCUGAAGUCAGGCAGCCGAUGGUGCUGCGCUACCCGAUGCCCUACCCCCAGGACCCCUCCCCUCCACCGCUGGUGCCGCAAAGGCCUGCUGAGCUGCAGUACGGCAACCCCUACUCCACCGACACCACGAAAGACCGGUUGGAUGUUGCACUGUCUCCCGAGCACAUGACCCGUCCUCCACCCGAAGCCCCACCUUGCGCACCUCCGUGUGCUCCCCCAAUCACACCCCCUAGCCCCGGAGCACCAGGCUGGGAGAGAGAGGUGGUCUGCAUCCAGCCCUCACGUGCCACGAGCCCCCCCGAGAGCCUGGAGCAAUCACCAGAGGAGCCACGGAAUGUGGGUGACGGGGCUCAGCCAUCCUGUGACCAUCAGUCCAGUAGACGCAGUGAAGCCAGGAGGAGCUUCUGCUUUGACUCAAGUAGUGACGUUCACAAGCGCUGCCCCCUGUGUGAGGUGAUCUUCCCGCCCCACUUUGAGCAGCGCAGCUUCGAGCAGCACGUGGAAAGCCACUGGAAGGUCUGCCCCGUCUGCUCCGAGCAGUUCCCCCUCAACUGUCAGCAGCAGCUCUUCGAGAGGCAUGUUCUCACGCACUUCGACGGCCACGUGCUCAACUUCGAUCAGACUGAGUGAAAGGGGAUGGAGGUCAGCAGAGGGGCGAACCUUGAAUUGUGACAUACUGUAUGGGUUCAUGUGUGUUUUCAGCUGUUAGUUCAUUUCGAUUGGAGGUUUGGUUAAAUUGUCUUGUUAAUAUACAAUCACGAGCACUUUUUUGCAAUCUUAACAAAGGUUAGAAAGAAUGUAGUCCACUUCUGAAAGGAAGCAGUUUGUCAUUUGGCAGCAGCUCCACCAAGGUAUUAAUCAUGUAGGUUAGCUUCCACCUUAAAGGGGACUUAUUAUGCUCAUAUCUAGCUCUGUAUUUUUAAUUCUGGGGCUUCACUAGAGUGGCUUUGCAGGAUUCACAGUUAAAAGAAAGUCCUUAUUUAUCUUAUACUGGCACUUUAUGCAGCCCCUCAGUUCUGCCUCUGUCUGAAACUGGCCGUUUUAGCUCCUGUCUCUUUAAGGCCCCCCUGCUGAUAAGCCCACUCUCUACUCCAGAUGUCAACUUCUCAAAUCCAUCCGUACAAUGUUUGAGCCCGAAUCUGAUCCGGAAUAUGAGUGUGGACAGCACAAAUUUCCACAGCAACAAAGAUUACAGAAGGAUGUCUCUGUUACCUGCUGAUUGUGUGACAGUGUAACUUACGGUUGGGAAAUGCACUAGAAUGCCUACUGAAGUGGAAAACAUCUGCUGUCAGGAAAUAACAAAGGUAACAUAGUUCAAAUGUUAUUCUGCUGUUCUCAAACGACUAUACGAUAUCUCCCUGCACCGUUGCGUGCUGUGCCUGGACCACAUGACCAUGUAAAGAAUUCCAUCAUGAGGUGACAUCAUCUUAAAAAUAGGAAAACUGUUUAGGGAUUACUUUCACCUACAUUUAACUCGUAAUUUGAAACUUUGGCCACAUUUAAUGUGAACAUCCAACAUUGUAACAAACAGAAAAGAAGGAAAACAUAAUAUGUCCCCUUUAACACACACUGGAGAAGGGAUCACUAACACUCGGGAAUAGUGCUGGACCACUCCUUUACUUUUGUAUUAUUUUUAAUGCUCAUCUUUCUGCUUCAAGGGACUAAAGCACCAUUGGUAGUGCAUGCGUAUAUUCUGUGUUCAAAACUACAAAAUUUUCAUACAUUCAAAGUAAAAGAGUGAUUUGUAGCAGGAGCUUGAACCAGGCCUUUGAAGAAGAAGAAAAACAAAAACAUUUUAGUAUCUCGGAUUCACAAAUGUUCUUAACUACCGUAAAUAUUUCUUUAUAAUAAGUAGGAUUCUCUUGUGUCAAAGCAGCCAAGACAUUGCUUCAUCUUUCAAUUGUCCACAUGCAUCAAUGUUUGGAAAAGAUUAAGAGAUGAAUUUUUUUUUAAAGUGUAAAUGUCUUGAAGAUUCAUCUAAGUCUGUUAUUUAUAAUUGAAGGAGGUUGUCCGAAGGGGAUAUUUUUGUCGACUUGAAUGGGAAGUGAUCUUUGAUUCCUUCCAAACUACACUGCUACCGUUCGUACGAGUGUUUUUUGCAAACAAAGACGUCAGAAGGUUUAAAUAAAAACAGCACUACGUUUUCAUGUAUCUGCACUAAAUAAGGCUUUAUUCUGAAUGUACUGUACAUAUGAAAAUAAGUAUAAGUUGUGGAGAGACCUGUGAAUUACUGUCGUGACCACGUCUCCCCUCAUUGUUACCUGUGAUGAAAGAAUGGACGGGCCAAUGUUGUUUUACUUCCUGGUGUGCACUUUCUGGUCUGCGGUCAGUCUUUAAGAAGCUGAGUUGUUUCCUUUUAUUUAAUUGGAGAGAUUCUGUACCAUGUUUUAAAGUAAAUGGACUGCAAGACACUGAGUUACUGUUAUUGUUAUGUACUGCCACAUUUUAAAGUUAGAAAAAAAUAUUUAUUGCAAUGUGCACACGUCCAUGUCAACCUUCAUGAGUGAAUGUUAUUUAUAUGUAUGUGUGUGUGUGUAUGUGUGUAUCCACAUGGCUCUAUAUCACUGCUUUGUCAAUUUUUCUGUCAUUACAAAGUAACCCCCUCCCCCGACAGUGUUGUGUUCAGGCUUUAAAAAUUGCACAUGCCCAGUAAUCACAAGGUUAAUGUGUGUAUGUCUUGUGUCCGAUGAAGCCCUUUUCCAUGUGAGAAUGUCAGGAUGGUGGUUUAGGUGUGAACUGCAAAGAUCUUUAUGAAUAAAGUAAGCUUGU